AUGGAAUUCUUCAAGGCCAUGUUUCAGUCCUGCACCACCCGUACCCGUGCCCCCCAUAAAUCACCUUCGGGCAAGGAGUGGCAACUACAGUUCUGGCUUUCUUCAGACCCCGAAAACCUGCUGAGUGACUCACUGGGGGACAAACCCGAGGACUGGACUGCUCACCUGGACCUUGUCACCUCGGACCUUCCCAGUCUCAUGCAUGACGGCCUCUACUUGACCCAAGAGAAUGUUCAAGUGCUUGAGAACUACGUUCAUAAGGACUAUUCAGAAGAGAGAAAGCGCUACUUCCUUCGCCGCUAUUUCACCAUAGUCGAUCCAAAUUGGUCAGGCAAGCUCUCUGUCGCCUCAUGGAAUUACGAGGCAGUCAGGGAUUUUCGGAUUCAGCAUCUUUCAGCAGACAAGGUGCAUAACGCCAAGGUCUCGAAUAGUGAUGGGAAUACGGUAUACUACUACGACAUGUCCAACCCAGAGAAAAACGCGAAUUACAUAUAUGACGACAUGCCCAUGAGGGGACUCUGGCCAUUCCCCAGAAAGGAAGAGGGAGUGAAAGAUUCGGAAGUGUCGAAGCGGGAAGGCGAGGAUGGUGAUCAAGAGGAGGAGGAGGAGCGAAAAGAGACUGAGGAAGGAGAGGAAGUGUUGAAGGAUGAGGGAGGAAUCAACGAGGGAGAGGAGACCAAGUGGGAGGAGGAAGAGCCAGACAGCUUUUCAGCUUGGGAGGAGGAAGGGCUGAAUGGCUUUUCAGAUUCGGAGUAUGGAGACUCAAUGAUUGACGCGUGGUGGGAUUGA